AUGGCUGCUCCGGUCCAGCCGCCUCCCCGGGCGCAUAGAAGCAAUGACGGCCAGGCUGCCCCGGAAAGCGAUACACGUCGACCGACGAGUGACGCCUCCCUUGCCUCCACCGCCUAUACCGCAACAACACUGAACGGGAGUAUUGCCGGUAGUUAUGUCGACGACGGGAAAUAUUGGAAAGAUAUCGGAGAGGUGCCAGCACCUGACCAACGAAAGAAGCGACGAACUAUCGACUUUGACACGCAGAGCAACUUAACAAAUCUAAAUUUUGAACAGCAGAUGGCGCGCCUGACCAAAGAAUUUAUUCCACCUUACCUAGGCUUCGUGCGCAUGCGACGCAUCUCGAGUGUGUCGGAAGCUUCUACGUUGCCAGAAGAUGCUGCGACUAAACAACAUCCCGCAAUCCAAGAAGGGGCCGACCCCGAGCCUGAGCAGGAUCCUGAUGCCAGGGUUGUUUACCCCUCCCUUGGCCGCGCUGCCGUCAUCUCGGUGGCACUCGGCUUGGCGGUAUUUCUGGUCGCCCUCGAUAUCAACAUCGUCGCCACCGCCGCUCCCAGCAUAGCAGUCGACCUCAAGUCACUUAACGACCUGGGCUGGUACGGCUCGGCGUAUCUGGCCUCGACGGCCGCCUUUAGUUUCGUUUAUGGCCGUCUCUACACGCUCGCACGACCCAAGAUCAUAUUCUCGUUUGCUGUCGGCGUAUUCGGUCUUGGCUCGCUCAUCGCCGGUCUCGCACCAACCUCAGCCGUGCUCAUCCUGGGUAGAGCGGUCCAGGGCCUCGGAACUUCAGGCAUCUUAUCCGGGGCUCUGAUCAUCGCAGCCAAGAUCUUGCCCUUGAAGCAACGCUCGGUUCUGACAGGUGCUAUCGGAGCCAUGGAGGGCACUGCCAUGGUCCUAGGCCCGCUGCUGGGGGGCAUUUUUGCUGACCAGCUCAGCUGGCGGUGGUGCUUUUACAUUAAUGUCCCCUGCAGUGCGUCUGUCGCCCUCGCAGUAUUGCUCCUGCUGAAGCUGCCUGACGAUAAUCCUGGUGGUCCUGGACUAGAUCUUCAAAAGAAGCUCCAAGACGAGCAGAGGCAGAGCACAGCUUCAAUAAACGUAUUAGCUGAGCCCAACAAGCCGCUAAACCAUUCAAACACGCUCCGUGCAAGGUUUGCCCUGCUGUCGACAUCAACCAGAGACAAGAUCUUGUUGUUGGAUCCAUUGGGCACGACAAUUCUUCUCGGUGCUGUUGUGAGCAUUCUGCUUGGGCUCCAAGACAUUGGUAAGAUGACCGACUCUGGACACACUGUUUCGCAGGGAGGAAACAACACCAGCAUCGUCUUCGUCCUAGGUGCCGUACUGUUUGUCAACUUUUGCGUCCUGCAGUACCUCCGCAAGGAAGGCGCCAUGAUUCCGCCAAGGUUGAUCAAAAUUCGGACGGUCUGGGCUGGCUUUUGGUUUUUCAGUUGCACAGCCGCGGGACUUGAGGCCAUCACAUACUUUCUUCCACUUUGGUACCAAAAGGUCCACAGCGAGACUGCUCAGCAGUCGGGUGUCAAGAUGCUCGCUAUGCUUUUGUCCAUGAUCGCCAUGCUCCUUUUGGGUGGCAUGAUCCUCAACUUCAUUGGUUACUACACGCCCAUGAUGCUGGCAUCAUCCGUCCUGAUGACGAUAGGCGCCUCCAUGUUGGCAUCUCUGGAGAGAGACAGCAACGUGGUCGACGUCGCUAUCGCAUCAGGUGUUUUUGGCGCUGGGGUCGGCACUGGAUUCCAGAUGCCCCUGAUUGCAGUCCAGACAGUACUUGACCCGGUCGACAUGCCCAUCGGAACAAGCAUCGUCGUGUUCGGCCAGAUGCUGGGCGGUGCGCUGAUGCUGUCCGUGGCUGAGGCCUCCUUUUCGACAACUCUCAACAUCGGCUUCGGCAAGCUGGGUCCCAUCGGCCGCGAGGUGAUGGAGAGACUCGAUGAAGUGCGGUUCAUCAAGGAUAUUCGUCUUCCAGAGGGCUCCGACUUGACUCCCGAACAAAUACUUGACAUAUACAAUACGGCCAUCAGGUCAGCCCUCAACGUCGGUAUUAUAUUCGCCGUGAUAUCCUUGAUCGGCGCCUUGUUUAUGCCGUGGAGAUCCGUUAAGAAGUCCAGGGAGGACUAUGAAAGGGAGCAGGGGGAAAAGGAACGGAAGAAGAUGGAGAAAAAGGAGAAGAAAGCGGCCAAGAAAGCGCAGAAAGGCCAAAAGUCCGCAAGCCAAGAUGGCGGAAAGGCGUGGUGGGGAAAGUGA